AUGACUGUUUCUACUGCUACGACGGCUACGACUGCGAGUGGGAUGGUUGCUGUUACUAGGGCUAGUACUAGUAACAGCGACCAUCACAUCACAACCAUCUCUAGGACUAGUACUAGAGAAAAAUGUGGGUGGUUCAUUGUGCUACUGUACGCCCUUCAGUUCAUUGUUUCUUGUUUUCUGUUUCGUCUUUUAUUGACUCCCGCAUUUUCUUUGCAGAAUACUUACGGGCGGCCGGACGAAGUCGUGGCUGCGGAGACGCUGGCCAACCACCUCAGAUGUAAUAGCAGUUUUAUACACGAAAUUUUCCAGGCUCAAUUCCGCUCCUCGCUGAAGUGUCCGCACUGCAACAAGGAGUCCAACACCUUCGACCCGUUCCUGUGCGUGUCCAUCCCGAUCCCGCAGAGGGAGGUGCAGGCCAUCUUCGCCACCGUCGUCUACCUCAACCAGCAGCCUAAGCAGGUCCAGCUAGGCGUAAGCAUAGAAGCCAACGCAACGAUCCGGGAGCUGAGGAAACAGCUGUCGGAGGACUGUGGGAUCUCGGCGGAGAGCCUCAUCCUGACGGAGGUAGACGGCGAGGGAUUCCACAGGACGUUUGCCGAUGAUACAUCAGUGAACGUCAUCAGUGAGACUGACCCAGUGUACGCCAUCGAGCUGCCCCCCCACAAACCCCCCUCCCAGGACAGCGGUGCCUUUAUCCUCGUCACUUGGGUCAACGUUGUACUUGCCGAGCCAGACAACAUUAGAUUUGGUGGUGUUUAUCAGAGUCAGGUGGUGAGAGAUGUCAGUUAUGUAGACCUACAAAAGCUACUGCUCAAAGAGAUGACCAACAUGGUCACCAACGAAACUCUGACUUCAGAACAAGAGAGUGGACUAUUCCUAAUCGGUGUCGAUGAUGGAGGAAGUUGUGUGGUCUGCCUGGACCCGGCUCUUGACGUGCCGCUGUUCCAUGAGAGUGUGGAGCAGGCGUUGGCACUCUGUGAACCUUCCGCAGGCCCCCCGCAUGUGAAGCUUAUCCUACAGUGGACAUCUGAAACCAAAGAAAAGUACAUUAUUGACGAUGUAGACCACAUGGAUGUGCACGCGAGUGUGAAGGACCUCAAGGAGAACCCACAGCAGUGUGCAUCUGUGUCACUACACCAGUGUUUACAGCUUCACACGUCGGCAGAAAAGCUUGGCUGUGGCGACGCAUGGCACUGCCCAACUUGUAACCGCAAGCAGCAGGUGGUGAAGAGACUCAUGCUUUGGUCGGCUCCACAGAUCCUUGUGAUACACCUCAAGCGCUUUAGACAGGGAACCUUACAGAGCAAUUCCUCCAAGCUGUCAACAACUGUCAAGUUCCCCCUGAUGGGCUUUGACAUCUCGGAACAUGUGGCCAGCCGGACGAGCGGCAAUAACACACAAAACAAUGUAGACUCUGGCGUACUAGGGGGAGUGUGGUCGCCCUGGAAGCGGCCAAAGCGAUACGUCCCCCACAAUGAGGAGAAUGUGUAUGACCUCUAUGCAGUAUGCAACCACCAUGGCAAGGACAUGCAAGGCGGACACUAUACAGCCGUGUGCAAAAACAGUGCGGAUGACAAGUGGUAUAAUUUUGAUGAUAGUAAAGUGGAAGUUACAGCGGAGGAGAAUGUGGUCACCCCAGACGCGUACAUUCUUUUCUACCAGCGCCGGAGUGAGUCGGGCCACAUCAACAACAGCUGUAGUGAAGGCGGGACCGAGCACUGGGCUUACCGCAUCCCUCUGUCUCACCUGCCGUCCACUCUAAUUCCUCAGUCCUUCAGUGAAAAGAAGGCUCCGCCACCAUUCGAGAGAGGACGGUCUUAUGGAACUCUGCCAGUGAAUGCCAGGACACAGAGACAGUCAUCAACAGAGCGUGAUCAUGCAUCAGACACGGAGGCACCGUUGGCUUCGCAUGAGGAAUCUCCCAUUCUGAAGAGGAGGUCAACCAACACAUUGCAUGAGGACGAAGACUCUCCCAGUGAUGAGGCACCCAAGUCCAACCUGAAGAUCGAAACCAUAAAGGUGGAAGUUCUGCCAACACAGAAUGGGGAUGUCAAUAUGGAGUGUGAAAACAGCAUCUCCAGUGCCCCUGACAGUGAUCAGGAAAUGCCAGAUGUUCAGAGGAAUUCUCCUGGAAAGACAGUCCUGAUUUCACGUUGCCAGGCUCUACGGGACCAGGAUAUGGAGGAAUCUGUUGAUGCAUCAAAACCAGAACCUCCUGUGAUGAAUGGGCAUGCUGAGCCAGAGGUUGCAGACAAGGCCACCCAGAAGUAUGAGGAUUCUCCCUUGCCUUCCCCUGAUAAGUGUGAGGACGACCCUAACCAUGAGGAGCAGACUCCAGAGGUCCGAAUCCACCCUGCCACUCCAGAGGUGCUUGCGGCUCACCAGGGCCACACUGCUCAAACGCAACCUAAGCGAAGCGUCAUCACCCUCACCCUCCGCCCAAGGAACCCCAGUGAAUCGUCCAGUGGUGGGACCCCUGAGCCACGUAUCAGGGUUGUGUCUCGGACGCCCAGCAUGGUUAGUUCCUGCAGUACGUCUAGUAAUGCGAGUGGUCCCAUAGUCAAUGGCGUAGAUUACAGCCACUUGAAUGGAAGUGUAGAAGAACCAAACAGAGACAAAAUCUACAGUGAAAGCAGCAAUGUAACACCAGAGGUCAGAAUUACUCCCAUUCCCAAGAACUUUGAGGCGCCCACAUCUCUUCUUCCCACCAGGAUGUCUACAAGAAGCACAAACACCAACAAGACCCCCAGCUUUGUGGUGAUCAACACCCCCACAGCCAGUCCGAGAGCACCCAGGCCUAAGACCCCAGUCAGCAAUGGCAUUAGCACGUCCCCAAGGCCACCCUUCGCUCCCAAAUAUCCCUCCAAACCAAGAGAGCCACCCAGUGACUCAUACAAGAAUCAGCGACCGAGUGUGAGCCGGAAGGAGAAUGGGGUGUUGUCAAGACAGGCCAUUGUCAGUGGGAGAAACAGCAAUGCUGUGCCUUCUGUGAGCUACUGCGGUCCAGUCAAAAACAACCUGAAUGGCAUGAGCACCAAACACAGUCGGUAUGAUCGCGUGGAAUCUAAGUUUAGCCGAGAGGGGAAGAGUGAAAGAGGCGAGUAUAUGAACAAGAGAGAGGACAGGUAUGACAGGGAGCACAGCAUGGACAGAGACAAUAGGUCAGACAGAGAUCACAAGUUCGAGAGAUGUUCACUGAAGGCAGAGAGAGAUGGAAAAUAUGACAGGGAUUCAAGAUUUGAGAGAGAACUGAAGUAUAAGAGAGACAGUCGGUAUGAGAAUGACCAUAGCAUAGACAGGGACCUCCCUUAUGAAAAAGAGAUCAGAUAUGAUAGGGAUUUCAAAUGUGAUAGGGACAGCAGAUAUGACAGAGAGUGUAUGUAUGACAGAGAUAUCAGAUGUGACAGGGACUACAAGUAUGAGCGUGAGAGCAAGUGUGACAGGGACUUCCUCUAUGACAGAGAUGCUCACUGCGACAGGGAAUACAAAUACAGUAGGGAUACAAAGUGUACCCGUGAUUUUAGCUAUGAUAGGGAUCUCCUUUACGAGAGAGACUCCAAAUUUGACCUGGACUACAGAUUUGACAGGGGAGACCCGUCCUGCGACCGAGACUACAAAUAUGAGGAUUCAAGGUAUGACCGAGACUACAAGUAUGAGAGGGAAGAGAGUAAGUGUAUCCAAGACUUCAAGUAUGACAGAGGAGAGAUGAAUGGGAGGAGGAGCAUAUGUAAAACUCCUGAGCAUUGCAUCUCUCAGGACUACCCUAAGGGGCUAACCAACACUGCCAACCCCCCGGUGAUAACCGAGUCCAGCGUAUGAUAGCGCCUGAAGUGCUGUAUGCACUUCUUACCAGAGUCAUUUACUUUUUAGUAAAUUGUCAUCUUUUUUUUUCUCUCUCUUUUUUUCCUUUUUUUUUUAUAUAAUUAUUGCAUAAGACCAAAGGUUUUAUGAACCAAGUGUGAUAUAAUUUAUUUACAAUUUCCACAGUGAUACUUAGAGAAGGACACCUGUCACUCUCCCUUUGUGGUUUAGCUGGGUGACAUGCAGCUUCUAUUGCUUGUGAAGAAAGCCUGCAGAAUAUUUUUCCUUCCUGGAAAUCUUUAUACUGUAUAUGUUUAUUAUCUUUUAUGCAAGUCUUUUAGCAUUUAAAGAUAUUCAGGUUGAAUACACAUUUUAUGAUGCACAUAAGCUUUUUCACAUGCACAUGCUGUUUAUACAUUCCAUAUUUGACAGAUUUCGUACAUAUAGAAAAUAUGUAAAUAAUUUUUACGGAGAAAUGUUUAUGAGAUUUUUUAUAAGAUGUGCCUAUGAUAAUUUUUUAUUUGUUUUGUUUUUUCCUAAAUUUGUUUAGUUUAUAGAGAAUUUUUUAAGUUAUUCCGAUUUUACAAGAUACGACUGUGGACUUUUUUUUAACCUGUAUAAAAAGGCAUCACUGGCAGCUCAAACCCAUUGAGUGUGUGUCUGUGCCAGUGACUGUAUGUAUUGUAUAAAGAGGAACCAAGUCACGACAGAAUUAGCAUAUUGGCGCUGGUUUCAAAUUGUCAGAUGUCAAAAUAUUUGGUUAUACAAAUAUUGCUAUAUUACUGAAGAGAGAGAGAUUGAGAGACCAAAUAAUCCUUAAAAAAGACUUUUAUCAUUGUAAAUGCAUUAUAAAAUUGCACAAAAUCUUUAUUAUAGAAAAAUUUAUUUCACUACAUGUAUCGACUAUGAAAUUUGUGUGUGUGUGGGUGACUGCAUUUGUUUUAUGUGUAUGUGUGCGAGUACGUGUUCAUCCAUGUUCAUAUCUAGUGUUUGUUCUGCCUCAAUGUUUGGCAUAAGCUGACUGUUUGUGUGGAAGUUUCUUCCUCCUCUUCUUGUUUUCUUUCUUUUUUCUUUUUUUUCUUUUUUUUUUUUUUUUGGAUAAAAGCAAAACUUGUUCAGUUGCCGAAUAGAAAAGAAAAACUUAAAGGAUAUAUAUAUAAUGUACAGUCCAAUUGUCUGAGUGUUUGGUGCAUUGGUAUAUAUUUACAAAAAAAAAAAAAAUAAUAACAGUUCUUCGAUAUUAGGCUUUUCUUUUGAUUCUGGCUGCUGUGAGCUUGAGAUUAUAAUUGCAUUGCAUUAUGGCUGCUAAGAUAUAUGACUGAUCGACUGAAUCCCCCGGAGGUAAUUUCAUUUUUUAACACGAAAAACAUAUCAGUUUUGUUAUUUUAUUGAAGGCACUUGAUUUGUAUAUAUUUGGUCAGAAUAAUAAUACAGUUGCUAAAUGACUUCGUUUCAUUUGUUGUAUAUAAUAUCCUCUUGUUUGUGUGUGUUACAGUUUUAUGUAUUUGGAGAAAUGACUUUUUAGUUCUGUUUUUGUUCACCUGAGGUUCCGAGUAAGUUGUGGGAGUUUAUAUCUUUAUAAAAGUUUAUUUUAUUAAAGUGAUUUGUAAAUGAAAGUGAUAAUAAAUAUGAGACUGUU